UUGUCUGCAGAAGACUGCAUAAUAAAAACAAGACCUCUGCAAAUGGAGUAUCGCUGGCCUCUCUUUUACACAUGAAGGAAUUAGGUGUCAUGAUGAACCGCUGAUGAAGAGUGAUGUUCUCGGAGCCUGGUCUUAAAUGGAGCAUAGGGUGAACUCCCAUCUUCAUGACUGGAUGUUUUCCUUCAAGCCAAACCCUGUUCAAGAUGCAUUAGUGGUCACAGGUGUGUCAUGUGACCAGGCGAGAAGGUGGGGCGCCUAGAGUUAAGUAGUUUCCAUCUGACUCGGGUGACUUUUCUUUGGCCUGGAGAAGAGCACGGAUCAUCUCUUUGACCAUCCGACUGGAAGCCUCCUCAGAUCUCAUAAUGUUUUCUUUUCCAAGACCGAAUUUAUCUUUUUAAUAUUAUCAUUUCAUUUGAUUAGUUGCACUGUAGAAAGUUCUUCAUUCCAUUAACUCAUCAUCGCAUCCUACAGCUAUCUCACCAGAGAUCAUCACUAUACUUCCAGCUCUGACUUUUCUGCAUAAGAUUCAAAGUGUGGAUCAUCUCUAGUGGGUCAAUAUGUUCAGUUCUGGACAGCUCGUCACUUCUCUGAACCCUGGUAUCCUGCACUCUCCAGUGGCUCAGUUCUUCCCUGCGUUUCCCAGCAGGCUGGGCCAUCCUCAGCUCCUGAUCCCUGCUCCACUGCUCAGCUACGAGCUGCUGCGCACCUACCUCCAGCCUGAGCCUCGUAAACAAGCUAUGCUGCUGUCCUCGCAGGGGUCUUCCAUGAUCCCACUUCCCAGUGACACCGAUGAGCCACGGCCCGCCAAGCAGCGGCGCGCUCGUGCCAACUACAGCAGCUGGCAGCUGGAAGAGCUGGAGAAGGCCUUCAAGAGCACGCACUAUCCUGAUGUGUUCAUGCGCGAGGCCCUGGCACUCCGACUGGACUUAAUCGAGGCUAGAGUUCAGGUGUGGUUCCAGAAUCGCAGGGCAAAGAUGCGCAGACAAAUGAAACUUCAAGGCCAGAGUGGAGACCUGUGUGGGAAAGACAGUGAGUCGGGCCACCCGACACCCUCCAGUAGGAGCACGGAGUCAGACAGCGACCAGGUGCCCUGCUGGGACAGCAAAAAGGAGAAGAGCGUCGGACACACACUGCACCCGGAGGCCAGACAACAGGCGCGAUCAGGAGAGACCAGUCCUGAGGAGUUCCGCUUCUGCAGCAUUGCUAAACUGAGAGCCAAGGCCAGGGAUUACGAAGCCGAGAUCCACAGCACUGCGGCCAAGAGCGACAGGAAGUCGUGCUUAAAAUCUCACGUGUCUGAAAGUGACUGUUGAAGUUCGGGGUUCCUGAAUUCUAGUUUAUUUAUUGUUGCCUCAUUAUUACACAUGUUGGAGAUGCAUUUCUUUAUUUUCUCCUGAUAUUUUGGUGUCUUUUGCAUUAAUAUACAUGUGAAUAUUUCUA